GCGAGCUGGGGAGCAAAGGACUCCUGCAGCCUGGCCCUUGGUUCCCUUAGGUUUUACGGGAUUGAUGGCGCAUCGUGGUUGUUGUGGGUUGUUCGCGUCUCAGCCUCCGUCAGUCUGUCUCCUUACUUCCUCUCCUCUUCCUCAUCCUUCUACGUGCUACAGAGAUUUCUUCUGAUGAUGCAACAAAGAGUCCAGUGGAAGGAGGAGGCAGCGAAGGAGACGAGAGCAGGGUGAAGGUAUACAGUUUUCAAAGGGACACGACGAAGGCGGUGACGGAGGAAGUGUUUGUCCGCUACAACUUCUCCCGUGACCCCACCGCCACUACUGAUGCCCUCACUGUGUGCUACUGGGUCAGGUUCGUGGUGUUUGUGGAGAACAACGUACACUUCUCCUACACCGCCUUCGCUGACAACCUGGACUGUAUCAGCGCCACCGCGAGGACCUGUUCUUCCUGUGGUCUAUCAACACCGUGGCGGAGGGGGCGCUGCCGGGCGGGGUGAUGCCUGAGGUGUGGUACCAUGCCUGCCACCUCUUCGACUCCCAGAGGUACUCCUUCUACUGGCAGGGCGAGGAGGUGUUCAGCGGGCAGGCGCAGUGCAGGUGGCCGUUCCUCCUGAACGGGACGGUGGUACUGGGCCAGGAGCAGGACCACGUGGGCGGAGGCUUCGAUGGUACACAGGUGACGCGCGGGGACAUCACGCAGGUGUACAUGUGGGGCCGCCUGCUGGAACCCGCCACAGUGCGUCGCUUGGCCUCGUGCGGCACGGCCCCUGCCCACGACAUACUCUUUUCCACAGAAACCUCGCAAAUGGAGGUGUUCGGUGCUCAGGAGGAUUGGCUGCCGCGAUCCAGCCUGUGCAGGGAGCAGCCCUUCUUUGCCAUCCUGCCAGAGGAGAGGAGCCUGCAGGCGUCGCUGCAGGUGUGCCAGGUGAUGGACGGCAGCCUGGCUCUGCCCACCUCCCCUGAGGAGAAUUCGCGCCUCACGCGGCAGAUGAUGCCCUUCAGUGACGUGUGCGUGCCCACGGCGAUGUGGAAACUGUGGCUGGGCACGCAGAUGACGACGCCGGGACGCUGGGAGGGACUCCGCGACGCUGAGCCGAUCACCUAUCAGAACUUCCGGCCUUCCUCCAGCACCAACAGCUCCGUGUUUAGCUGCGCUGAGCUGCGCCUCGACGGUUACUGGGAGCCGGACUACUGCAAGUCCAAACGCUGCACCGCCUGUAGCUUUGUGCGUACCAGCUUCCUCCUCUUCCGCGGGCUGUGUUUUGACAAGGAACUGGAAACCAGGUUCAGGGUGGUGGGGUCGCCUGAACAGCGGCCUGUAUUCUGGAGUCACCAGGGUCUGCUGAUUGCCUGGAGCGACAGCCUCAGGAGAUGGCAGAUGGAGGACCCGAACAUCAACGCCACCUUGAUGUGGGGACUCGGGGUUGGCAGUGACUAUCCACUGGGGAGGCGGCUGUGGCGCCUGGCGCGGGAGAUGUGCGGCCAGCCCGCGGGCCACACGCUGCACGCCAGCCUGUCCAGCUGUGCCACUGAGGAGUUCACGUGCUCCACCGGGGAGUGCAUCGCGCCGCACCUGCGCUGCAACUUCCAUUACGACUGCCCGGACCACAGCGACGAGGCGAGCUGCGCCGUGGUGGAGGCGAGCAACGACGCGCUGCUCAAACAGGUCCCGCCGCCGCCGCCGAUGGGGUCUCCUCAAGAUGACAUCCUGCAGCUGCAGCCUUCCAUGACCCUGACGAGAGUGGCCGAAGUGAACGACCUUAGCAUGUCCAUCACGCUGGAGUUCAAGCUGACCCUCACGUGGAGUGACCCUCGCGUCAACUUCCGUCACCUGGGGGUGGCCGGUGAUAAGGGCACGAUGCUCACCGAAGAGGAUGGUGGGCGACUGUGGCGGCCGCUGCUGCGCGUAGCUAACCUGGACGGCAACAAUCUGAAGGAGCUGGGGCGCCGCUUCCAGGCAAAAGCUAUCGCUCCCCCAACGCAGCCGACCUUCAACGACGUGGAUACAGAUGGUAUCUACGAGGGCCGAUACGUGCAUCUGCACCUGACACAGCGGUUCCUGGCGCGGGUGGCCUGCUACCUGGAGCUGUACUCUUAUCCUUUCGACCAGCAGCAGUGCGCCGUGGAGGUGCAGCUGGCGCCGGAGUCUGGCGGCGGGGCGGCGGUGCGGAUCUCGCCAAUGGCUGAAGUGAAGUACACGGGACCCGAGACGCUGGCCAUGUACACGGUGAAGCACGUGCAGCGCGCCAACGCCACAGAAAACAGCCUGAGGGUGGAGUUUGAGCUGCACCGGCGGCAGGGCGUCAUCAUGCUGUCCACCUUCCUGCCGUCGGGGCUGCUGCUGCUGGUGAGCUGGGCCACGCUGUUCGUGAAGAUCAGCGAACUCAACGUGCGCGCCAUCAUGUCCCUCACCACACUGCUGGUGCUGUACACGCUCUUCGCCAACAUGUCCAGGUCGCUGCCCGCCACCGCCUCCAUCAAGCUCAUCGACGUGUGGUUCUUCUUCAUCAUCUUCCUGCUUUUCACCAAUAUCGUGGUGCACAUCUGCGUGCGUCCCACCACCCCGCCCAUCACGGAGGUGAAGGUGUUUGUGCCCACGCACCCCGAACCCGCCCCCAGGGUGCCCGAGGCGCCGAGACUCCUGCGCUGGUACCGGCUGGUCAUCCUGCCCGUGCUGGUGGUGCUGUUCAACCUCAUGUUCUGGCUGGUGGUGCUCACCCAGUGACACACACACACACACACACACACACACACACACACACACAAACACACGGGCGCGGCGAGGCAAAUGGGCGAGCCUCUUAAUGUGUAGCCCCUGUUCACCUAGCUGUAAGUAGGUACGGUAUGUAACCCGAGGGGUUAUGGCCUCGCUGUCCCGGUGUGUGGUGUGUGAGUGGUCUCAGUCCUACGCAAAGAUCGGUCACUAUGAGCUCUGAGCUCUUUCUGUAGGGUAACGGCUGGCUGGGUGACCAGUAGACGACCGUAGGUGAAUGACACACACACACAAACACACACACACACACACACACACACACACACACACACACACACACACACACACACAGCUCCACCACCAAGCACGUAAUACAAACUCAUCCCUCGCUUGGAAACAGACUACAAUGCCAUGUACCAAAACAUUUGAUGCCAACUUAGCCAAUGCAAGAUAAGACAGUCAUCUAGGGACGUAACACCUUUGUCUACUAUCUCUCUGUUGUUUGUCUGUGUAUCUGUCUAUACGUCUGUCUCGACAACACAAAGACAUCAUGGUCAUCUCAUCAUCUCUCAUCACGAUCUUAUUUCCUCCCCAACCUGUUAUCUGCUUUUUUACUCACCCUCCUAGCGUCCUCCUCGCACCGCUGCACCAACACCCUUUACUUUGCCUUCCCUUCUGAUCGCCAACAGAGCCAAGUGUUCGUAAAGCCUCCGAUGACGCGUUGUAGCACGGCAGCCAAGUACAACGCCCGCAAUUUGAAACGCUUUGCUCUCUCAUCACGACUAUUUUCAAAGGCCACAGAGAUAAUUAGCCGAGUUCUCAAGACUGUUUCUCUUGUUAAUAAUGUAGAAGUCUUGUUAAACUGUUUCUAGAACCGUGUAAAUACCCUUGAAAAUCCGUGUAACUUCAACUAGAACCUUUUGAAAGUAGUCGAGGUGAGGCGCAGAAGUGUUUCAGAAUAUGGUCCCAAGUUUCAUCAUAACCCACAUCAAACUUCUUCCUGUGCCCUAUUUUUUUGCGGAAACAGGAGCUGAUCAAGAGUUUCCGUUCGCGUGUGAAUGAACAUAGCUGGGCGGACAAAGGGUAUGCAUUUGUAUGAGGAGUAGAUUGUUAAUGUUAAAUCCAGUUUUAUGUUUCAUUAAACUUGCUUAGAGAAUAAUCAAGAGCUUCAGCGUGCGUGUGAAAGAACAUGAGGAAAAAAAAAAUGUGUGAGAAGUAAAUAGUUUAAAUCCAGUUUUAGAUUUCAUUGAACUUGCUCGCUUCAUCCAAAACUCAUCCAUAAUGCAUCACAACAGCUGAGUGAGUUUUAGUUUACUACACAAGGCUGCUUCAACUGAUCGGACUUAAAUUACUUCAAGGACGAACACACCCUGACGAGACUCACAGGCGCGUCUCACUGAACAGGCGAUAACCGAACGAAACUGAAUAAAACGUUUACAACCAAAUAUUGAUGUUAAUGUUAUUGAACAAUUUACUGAAAAAAAAAGAAAGUUUACUGCGAAAAUAAAACGUGGACAGACUUUACAAUAACAAAACCACCACCACCGCCAUCGACACUACUAUAGAUCUAAUACUACUGUUACUUCUACUUCUACUACUACUGCUACAACAACAACAACAACAACUACUACUACUACUACUA